AUGAAUGUUGAAGGGAUGAACAUUAAAGAGAUGAACAUUGAAGAGAUGAACAUUAAAAGAAUAAACAUCAAAAAAAUGAACAUCAAAGAGAUGAACAUCAAAGAGAUGAACAUCAAAGAGAUGAACAUUGAAGAAAUGAAUGUCAAAAGAAUGAACAUUGAAAGAAUGAAUGUUAAAGAGAUAAAUGUCAAAGAAAUGAACAUCAAAGAGAUGAAUGUCAAAGAGAUGAACAUCAAAGAGAUGAACAUUAAAGAGAUAGGUCAUAUUCAGCUUGCAGAAUGGGCUGUCCAUGGCACACCUACUAUCAAAAGCCUAGUCUCUGAGAUUCAGAAAUUACAACUUGAUGUGCUUCAUGAGUCAGAAAAGCAAUAA